UAAAUUGUCAUGUAUAUUUAUUAACAUAGGUUUUCCUGAGAGAGGUGAAAAAUCAGUAUUGUUGGAAAACUGCCAACACUACGUGGGAAAAAGAUUAACAUCUGGAAAAUUCAUCUCUGACUGCAGCAUGGCAGCUGGUUUUCUUCUCAAGAGAAGUCUAUCUUAAUUCAAAAUAUUUUUUGUUUGGUUACACGUUGUUUAGUAACCUGUUUUCUUUUACUACAAACCAAUUUUGUUGUAUAACUGGCGGCAUGUCUGUUUAGUGAUUCCAUCCAGGUUUUGUUCCUACAGCACUGAAAAUAAAAAAAAUCAAAAUAUACAGCAGGCAUAUGUUGCCUGAUAGACAAAGUAUGAAUUUGUUGGUUAUAUUAUUGGAGAGGAAGCUAAGUUUUGCUUGGUUUACUAAUCAAUGUUUAGAGUAAGUAAAUAUUGUUAAGUGGAUCAAUUGUUAGAAGGGAGUGUUUAAGUGUUUUGGAGGAUCCGGAUGAGGUUAGUAGUAUUCAAUGGAAGCAUUUUUUUUUUUUUUUUUUUUGGUGGUGGGGCAGGGGGUUGCUUCUUUGGUUAGAUAUCUAACACAAAUUACAUCAAGAGCACAUCAGAGGACUUGUUCUGUUAUCCUUAUACCACACUGGACCAUGAGGAAGAUAAGGUUUUUUUAACCUGUAUUACUAUCCAGUCAUUGAUUAAGUUCUUUGCUGGGUUUUGAAGGCAGAGAUUACAGCUUUAUUUUUGGAGAUUGUGUUAUUAGUGCAGGCAUACAUUAGAAAAAUCAUUGUAUCUAUGUAAUGUAGCGUCCCAAGCUAUAUAAGGGUGAAUAUAAUGCAAAUAAUAUAUAUAGGUUAAAGUCCCAAUUCAACAAUGCACUUACACAUUUGCUUAACUUUAAGCAAAUGAGCCUUACCAAAGUCAGUGGGAUUACUAACAUUCUUAAGUGUUCUGCUGACUCAGGAGUUAAGAAAUUUUGAUCAAUCAGUUUUACCCACAGUAUGUUCUCCAUGAGUCUAUUGGAAACUUAAGUUGCUAACUAUGGUACUGUACAUACUCAACAGCUCUAAGUUUAAAUUUUAUUAACCAAAAUAAAUCUGAAACAAGAUUAUAUAUAACUAAAUAGUAGAUGACAUUUUUCAAUGGAGUAUUCGGCUUACUUUGUGUAGUCUUGUUUUUUUCUCCUCAAUAUGGUCUCUUUUUCCGCCAGAAAAAUCUCUAUUGUGAAUUAAUUCUCCUCCCUCUAGGCAAUGAGUAGAUGAAUGAAAGGAUAUAUGAUUGAGAGUCUGGAGGGGGUUUUUUAUCCACUCUGGCUAUCUAGAACCUCACAAAAAGCAACUAAAGCUAUAGGACUUGGAGACUAAUGUCUUGAUGGAUAGCUGUGCCCAUUCUUCAUCAUCAAACAAAUCCCACUGAAGGUGAAAGUAGAGAAUGGAGACAUCUGGGGGACAGGCAGCUUCUCUGGCAUUGAACUUCUCUGGUAGCUGCCAACAUAGCAGAAAUCAGGAUAUCAAUAUCCUCCUCAGCUGCAUUGUCAGGUCAUUUUAAUCGCAGUCUUUCCUUUUGUGUUUCUUCCCUGCUAUUUCUUGUGGGUACAUGCUUAGCUCCCGAUUCUCUCUCACCCACUCUUCCUGUUAGUUUUUCUUUUUGCAUUCUCUCCAGGUGCAGCAUUUUCAGAUCUCAUGCUGCUUCCUCCCUUCUUGCCAGGGGCAAGAGCAUCUUUUUGAGGGCUCUGACAUUUGUGGGGUUGAUUUUGCCCACUGGCAUCAGUAUUUCCCAGACAUGAGUUGAUUGCUGAUGUAUCUCUCUCCCUGUUCCCCAGUGCUUAUGUACUCAUAGCCUAUAUUCUUCAGCCAUUUGGUGAACCAGCAUCCUGAUUUGACAGUUAAAGAACAAAGGAAAACCCAGCUACAUCUUGCUGCUCUCCAGAAACACCACCAUUAUGGCUGUAUCUAUAAGCCGUAAUGGAAUCCCAGUUUCUUCUGAAGAAGCAACCCCCAGUCAGAGUACACUUUCUGGACUUCAGAUGCUUGAAGCAAGCUACUGGAUAUCUAUCACUAUUACAUCAAAGUGAUUUUCAGGAAGUAACAUCAGUGGGCCAUCAGAGGAAGCUCCAGUAUGUAUUGAGAGAACAACAUUAGCUGAGCGGAGAGCAGUAUGAGAAGAUACUCCUCCCCCAGCCUACCUCCUGAAGGUUAUUCCUUGAAAGGGGAUGCUCUAGACCUUUACCUGUAAAAUGCAGAUAUUCAUACUUAACGCUCACAUGAGUAUUGUGAGAACACAGAGCACUGAAAGAUGCUAUAUGCGUGAGUGCAAAUUGAUCAAAAUUCCAAAUAACAAAACUACCAUAAUAAAUGGCAGUAACCGACAUGUUUGUUGGCAGUAUUAGCAAAGAGUAUCUAAAACACUCAUCCCAUAAAUGGUUGGAAUACAAUUGGACUAAUACCCCCUUACAUAAACCAAUCUAAAAUAGAAAUAACUACUCUAAAAUCAGUGGAACUGUACUAUUCUAAACCUAUUGCAAGAAGACAAUCAGACACAGUGGUGGGGAUAGCAUGGAUGGUUAUUGCUGGAGCUGUACCUACUCUGCACAUAAAUUUGAGGCCUUCCAUUGUCUUCAGUCACUUUCAUGAGCACUAAAUUAAAUUUAAAUUUUAUUAUAUAAGGCAAGGAUUCCUUAAGCAGUAAUAGUUUCUUACCCUGAGAUAGUCAUCACUUUUAUUCUCAACACAAACUGACUCAUUUCCUAUGGAUUCUCCAACUUAAAAAAAAACCAACAUUGAAAAUUUCAUAGCAAAAUUGAACUUUUGUAUCCAAGCAAUUACCACAUUUGCAUAUGAAUUACCUUGCUGCUCCUGUUCUGCUCAUUUUGGAAUCUAAAUAGAAAAGUUUCAUGUUUUUGAUUUCUCAGAGGUGUCAUACUGAAUGUUACCCAACAGAUUUGGCUCACAGUACAACCUAGCUUUUUUAGUAAUUUAAGCAAGUGAUUUCCAUUAUAUAAAAUCAGUAUUGUCAUAUCAUCUGUAAAAGUAAAUUAGUCUUAAAUUGGUAACCUUUCCAAUUAUGCAGAUGACGACAACUAUACUCAAAUGAGUCUGGAAGCAAGUGCAAGUCAUAAGGCAAAUCUCAAAAGAUUUGAAAUUUAGUUUUGUUUAGGAAAGCAUCCUCCACAAUGUGGACCUUUAUCAGAACUAUUAGAACCUCCCAUACUUGCAAAUCUGUAUACGCUGGAAAUCUUCUGAGAGCAGGCUCCCGAUUGCCAUUACGUUUUGCUUUUGGUCAAGCCAGCCUCUUUAAUUGGUUUGAUAUUUUAGCACAUGUACUUCUAGUUUCUGAUAUAACCAGGAAAUACAAUUAAUAAUUAAGAAAUACUCACAUUACGUUUUAUUAUAUCCAUUGUACUCAUGAGGGAAUUAAAGCAUAGUAAAAUUAAGUGACUUUGGUUAAGGUUACAGAGGAAGUCUGUAUUAGAGCUAGUAAAAAAAUGCAACCCUAAUAUUUACUUUAAGAGCUCAGGCUUUAAAAACAUCAAUUAUGUGAGAAUUGAGAUAAUAUCACAUAAUGGUAACAUUGGGGUUAGGUGCCUAACUGCAUUUGUGCCUUUGAAAUUCUCUCCCCCUUUGGCCCUGGUUGCCCCUUUCAUGGUAAAUUAAUGGAAGUAAUUGUUAAAAGGACCAAAACAACUUAUAUAUACACAUACAAUCAUUAUUACAGAAUCAAGUUAGUUAAAAUGCAAGUAAAUGGGCCAUAUUCACCCCUCAUGUAACUCCACUGAAGCUCUUUAUUUCCACUACAAAACCUUUUGCCCAGAUGCUGACUAUUUUGUUAAGCACUAGAAUAAAUUGCCUAGGCAGGUUGUGUAAUUUCCAUCACUGGUAUUUUUAAGAGCAGGUUAGACAAACGCCUAUCUGGUCUUCUGCAGUUUCCACGAUAUGCUAUGCAUCCGAUGAAGUGAGCUGUAGCUCACGAAAGCUCAUGCUCAAAUAAACUGGUUAGUCUCUAAGGUGCCACAAGUACUCCUUUUCUUUUUGCCUAUCAGGAAUGGUCUCAUAAUACUUAGUCCUGCCACGAGUGCUGGAGACUGGACUAGAUGACCUCUCGAGGUCCAGUUCUAUUAUUCUACUUCCCACUUUGAUUGCUACAUUUUUCUCUUUAGCCUCCCACAAUUUUGCCCAUGCCCCUUGAAACGAUCCAAAAUAGUACCAGAAAAAGCAUUUGCUUUAGCCUGAUCAUGUACAGCCCCACUCCAAAUCCCUGGCUGGGCUCCCAUGCCCCUCUAUAUCAAACUUAAGCUCUUUGCCCACGUUCAGAACUACCUAGAUCUGUUUUAGAGUAGAGCCGUGUUCGUCUGUAUCUGCAAAAAGAACAGAAGUACUUGUGGCACCUUAGAGACUAACAAAUUUAUUUGAGCAUAAGCUUUCGUGGGCUGCAGAGAAUGCACAGAAUGGAACAUACAGUAAGAAGAUAUAUAUACACAUACAGGGAAGGUGGAAAUUGCCAUACAAACUGUAAGAGGCUAAUUAUUUAAGAUGAGCUAUUAUCAGAAGGAGAAAAAAAACCUUUAGUGAUAAUCAACAUGGCCCAUUUAGACAGUUGACAAGAGGGUGUGAGGAUACUUAACAUAGGGAAAUAGAUUCAAUAUGUGUAAUGACCCAGCCACUCCCAGUCUCUGUUCAAACCCAAGUUAAUAGUAUCUAGUUUGCAUAUUAAUUCAAGCUCAGCAGUUUCUCUUUGGAGUCUGUUUUGAAGCUUUUCUGUUGCAAAACUGCCACACUUAAAUUUAUUAUCACCCUUCAUUCCCCAGCCAAUCCAGGCCAGAUGCCUCACUGCUGCUUUGUCUCCCAGCCCCCCAGUCAGGUCUCCAUCCUCUUUUCCCUACAUCCCCUCACAAAUGGGACCCUCUGUCCACCUCUCUCCUUAAUAUGCACUUCUUCCAAAAGCACCAGCGGGGCUGGCUUCGGGGAGAGGCGUUAGGUACUUCACCGGACAGCUGAAUUUGCUGUAAAUCACUGUACAUUUAGGCAGCUGAGUAGGGAAAACGCAUAUUACUGACGGAGGGGGAAGGCGCGGGGAGGGGGUCAUACGUCGCCGGAAUAGCACCGUGGGCCGGAGUCCUGCCCCGCCGUGUUACAGGUCACACACCUGGGCUCCCAGGCCAGGCCGGUUUGGGCUGGCGGCAGCUCCACACCAGCGCCCUCGCAAGACGCCAGCGCCCGGGCCAGUCAGCACGAGGCCGGAAGGGAGGGCGGCGCAGGCACGUCCCCGACCCGCCGUAAGGGCUCGGCCGAGGAGCGCCGGCGGAACGGGGAGGCCCCGAGCGGCUCGCGGCCCAACGGCGGCCGCACUAGCUGGGAAGGGCGGGGCGCAGGGAACCUGCUCCUUCUGCCACGGGACCGCGGCUGAGAGCGCGAGGCUCAGUCCCGCCCCGCGUGACCACUGACAGUUCCCACAGUAGCGGGGGAGGGAGCCGGCCAGGGCAACCUCGCCUCACCCCAGUCACGUGAUUCCGGCGUCCUUGGGAUUUUUCGCUUGUGGGACGUAUCUUUGUACGCUCUUCCCCACCUCAGAUUGCGCGCGCAACCGCUUCCGCAGAGCGCCUCGGGGCAGCGGUCGUUGACGGCCUGUCGUAAACGGAAUCCUUCCUUUGCUUUUUCAUUGCUUGGCUUUGCGCUACGGCCCGUCGGUCCCCGCGCGCUUUCCGGCCGCGGUGCUGAGAGGACCCGAGCGAGCGCGGACAGGGGCUUGCCCCCCCUUCCCGAGAUGCCCCCCAAGAAACCGCCACCUGCGGCGGGGCCCAAUAAGAAGGCGGACCAGAAAAAGAAGGAGAAGAUCAUCGAGGACAAAACAUUUGGUCUAAAGAAUAAGAAAGGAGCAAAACAGCAGAAGUUUAUCAAGGCUGUGACUCAUCAAGUUAAAUUUGGUCAACAAAAUCCAAGACAGGCUGCUCAGGCUGAAGGUGACAAGAAAUUAAAGAAGGAUGAUAAGAAGAAAGAAUUACAGGAACUAAAUGAACUCUUCAAACCUGUAGUUGCUGCCCAGAAAAUUAGUAAAGGUGCAGAUCCCAAAUCAGUAGUUUGUGCUUUCUUCAAGCAAGGACAGUGCACUAAAGGAGAUAAGUGCAAGUUUUCUCAUGAUUUGUCUUUGGAGAGAAAGUGUGAAAAACGCAGUGUUUACAUUGAUGCAAGAGAUGAAGAUCUUGAAAAAGAUACAAUGGAUAAUUGGGAUGAGAAAAAGCUGGAAGAGGUGGUGAACAAGAAGCAUGGUGAGGCGGAAAAGAAAAAACCCAAAACUCAAAUAGUCUGCAAGUAUUUUCUUGAUGCUAUCGAAAACAACAAAUAUGGCUGGUUUUGGGUUUGUCCUGGUGGAGGAGACAACUGUAUGUACCGCCAUGCUCUCCCUCCUGGCUUUGUACUAAAAAAAGACAAAAAGAAGGAGGAAAAGGAAGAUGAAGUUUCUUUAGAAGAUCUAAUAGAAAGAGAGCGUGCUGCCUUAGGACCAAACAUUACCAAAAUCACCCUAGAGUCUUUUCUUGCAUGGAAGAAAAGAAAAAGACAAGAAAAGAUUGACAAGGCUGAACAAGAUAUGGAACGGAGGAAAGCAGAUUUUAAAGCUGGCAAAGCACUGGUGAUCAGCGGACGUGAAGUAUUUGAGUUCCGGCCGGAGUUGGUUGAUGCCGAUGAUGAAGAAGCAGAUGACACUAAUUAUAUUCAAGGAUCAAGUGAAGAUGAGGUUGAAGAUCUUGUGAGGAUAAAUGAUGUAGACUUGAACCUGUAUGUCCCAAAGGAUGUAGAUGAGACUGGUAUUACUGUGGCUAGUCUUGAGCGAUUCAGCACAUACACUUCAGUGGAAAAAGAUGAUAACAAAUUAAGUGAAGCUUCAGGAGGUGGAAUAGAGAAUGGGGAGCAAAGUGAUUCAGAAGAAAACGAGGCAGAAGGAGAACAGGAAAAUGGAGUAAUAGAUGCAGUUCCUGUUGAUGAAAAUCUUUUUACUGGAGAGGACUUGGAUGAACUAGAAGAAGAAUUAAACACUCUUGAUUUAGAAGAAUGAACAAACAAAUGCAAUAAGAAAAUUGAAGUCUACUUUACAAAGUGAAAACUGACUACAUCAUUUUUUCAUCUAGAAUUCUUAAACAGGAUGUUUGUGGUUUCCCCAGCUGAUUCUGGAGGGCACAUCAAAAAACAGAAGUACUUUCCUUCAGUUUCCUUUACUCCACUCUUGACUACAUCUCAUAGUAAAAUAUUCAGAUUAGUUAAUAAUUGAAUUGAGAGCUGUCAUCGCAGAAAAUGAGAUGCAAUUUUGAACUAAAAGUAGGAAGCAUAAAUGAGUUAAGUGGAUUUAUUACUACCAGGUGUAGUACACAGUCAAAAUGAACAUCCUUUUCACCAGAACUGCAUUUGUUAAUAAGUAAUUUUGAUUUAGAAGCGGCCUAAAAUAUUUGAGCAAUGUACUCUAAAUGGAGCUGAUACAGAUUAAGAUGUUCAUGCUCCAGUAGGUAUUGAUAUGCUUUACUUCUUCAGCUGGAUGCUAAAGAUGUGGAUUCGUGAGUUGAUAAGGCGUCAGCUAUGGUGGCCUCUGUUUAAAAUGUUUUAAACUUUCCCUACACCUUUUGACAACAAGGUUGUAAAUAAAGACUGUCAACUUUAAAA